GCUAUUGAGCAGUCGUUUCGUGUGGUACUAGAAGCAUCACGUGUACUUGAACUAAUGAAUCUAAUUAUUUAUUAUACAUUAUGCGACAGAGGACUAUUCCCUCCGUGAUUAUUGCCCUUUUGCAACAUCGACAUUAUCAUUUUUACUAGUAAUACUAUUUGGAGGUAGUGAAGUGCUACUCAGGGAGUGACCCGAUUACGAACGUUAGAAGUAUCAAGAAAUUCGAAACCAUUACAAGUUUCGGAACUAUUGGGAUCUCGGAUUUCUUUAACGAAUGGCGGGUAGAAUUUGUUGUCAAUUCAAAGUGAUUUAUACUGUAGCUCAUAUUUUUAUGAAAAUACCAUUCUUUAUGGUGCCACGUAGGCUUUAAAAUUCGAAGGAAACUGAAUCUUCUAAAUCAAGUUAUCAUCAACAGAGACAACAACGCACAAUAAUCUCCUCAUAUAUGACGUCACAAGAUCACAAAAGGGGCCCAUUCCCACCUCAGUCAUUUCUAGGCUGUUGUCGUACUUUCAUUAGAAAUUAUCAGUGCCCAAAAUGUCAGAGAAUCGCUGAAGAUUGGUUUCCAAUGAAUGAGAAUUGUCGAGACUGAGAUAACAUAAACAAUUUGUAGAAUUUUCACAGGCGAAGUUUUGGGCUUUUGCGCUCUUGGGUUACGUGCGAUCUAGUCUCCUGCGGCGCGGCAUGUAAAAGAAAACCAUCCAACACCCCUGUCAAAAGAAAUGACCAAUGGCCCACACUCGAUAUGCAACCAAGGCUUUGUGCCAAACUUCUAUAUUUGGUCUUAUUUAUUUGCAUGAAUUCUUUUGGAGGAAUUACUAGACAAAGAAAUUUUAGAAAAUUUAGAAUUUGGAAUUUUUCUUGCCUUUUUUUUUUUGUAUCAAGUCGUUUAUGGGACUUACCAGACAAAGCAAUCUUAGAAAAUUUGCAAACUUAGUAUAUUGAGCACGGACCAAAAAUGGGCUAUUAGAAUGACAGACUCUGGCUGGUUGGAACAAAAUGUUAUGAUUAAUUGCCGCAUGCCGCUUCCUACCGUAAAAUUUAUUGCACAAUUAUUUCUACAUUUUUACUGGGGCAAACGCAAAUCGCUAUCACGUUUUUCCAGUUUUUCAGGCAGGGAAAUGUUGUUAAUUGUCAUUCAAUUGAUUGGAACAUUUUAGCGUACAAAAAAACUAUCUACACUCCAGUCAUAACUUCCAUAACUUAGAGAUUCGUGGUUUGAAUAAAGAUGAAGGCCUUUAUUUUGACAUAUUGUACCAACAAAAACUGACAUUAAGUUAUCGUUUGCUGAGACUUCCGCCCUUUUUAAGAAUUGCAAAACCAUUACCACUAUAAAUGAAGUUCGUUAGCCAUAAAUACGAAGAGUGCGUUUAGUCUGAGUAUCAGAAAGGCCUGAUACUUGGGUUACCGUAUUUAUUGAAGGCUCACAUCGCUUCCAAUAUUUGUGGAGCACGCUCUGGAGGAAUUUCUUGGGCGGUAUACACCUUACAAUGAUAAACUAACGGCUGGGUGUAUUUCUGCCAGCACGUAAAAGGAGACGCACUUUUUGGCUUGGUUGGAGGUAAAGACGAAGAAUGCUGCCUCUUGUCGUAGUUGAGUCAACAUUAUCUGGAGUGAUCCUCGUUUUUUCUUUCAUUGGCAACUUCCUCAUAAUUGUGCUUGUGUUUAAGAAGCCUCGGUUGGAUACAACGACCAGCAUUUAUAUCACUUCUUUGGCUGUAACGGACUUUUUGAAUGCUUGUAUACCUGGUCCACUCUUCUUGGCAGCUCUAAUUACGCAGAAGAUGCCCUACAAUUCUGUGGUGUGUAAUAUUGACGGAUUCUUUAUACAUUUCCUGACACUCGUCUCAACGUCUACAAUGGCUUUGAUAGCCAUCAGUCGAUACUACUGUACCUUAAAGCCAAGCCGUUACAAAAUAGUGUUCAGUAUUCGUCGUUCUGCAUGUUACCUCGUCAGUUUAUGGACCUUUGUUGCCUUGUUUACGUGGAUUCCUGUGAUCGGUGGAUGGGCAGAAAUGGGAUUCAACCCCUUAAUGGCCUGUUGCAAUUGGCGUUUUUCCCACAAAACUAUGGAGAUGACAUUUACUUUUUUAGUUGUUAUCAUCUUCAUAAUUGGCAGUUUUCUGAUUAUUGCAGUCAGUUACUACCAUGUAUCAAAGUGCAUUCGACAACACAACAAUCAAGUUGCAUCACAUCAAGGCCUCAGUGUGCAGGAAAUUAAUGUGACAAAGACAUUCUUUACUCUGGUCUUGUCAUUUGUGGUUAUGUGGCUGCCCACAUUUACUGCCGUCUUUCUUUUCCGCGUUGCUUUAAGGGAGACUUAUCCACGCCUUGUUGGUCUUGCUGUGCCGUUUUUCUUACAGGCAAAUAGUGCAGUAAAUCCUUGGAUUUAUGGCGUUAUGAAUCCCUCUUUCAGGAAGAAGUUAGCACAGCUUGUAAAGAGGUCGAGUGGAAAUCAAGUUCAUUGUGCGUCAAGAGAUCGUCCGACUACUCAUAUAGAGAUAUCUAGAUUGGAUACCUGCCACCGGGAAAAUCGUUCCAUUGAGCAGUUUUCCCCGCUACAGCGCGCCCAUUCAUUGGCUAGUUCACGGUCACAUGACAUCUAACAAUGAAACUGUUUACCGCCAAA